GAUUAGUCAAUAAAUAAGCGAGAUAGGGGAAAUUUUCUCUGUAACCAUCUGGCAGACAGAGCGGCGAGCGCGCUAAUGUAAACACGUUUACGCUGAACUAUUAUAAUAUCACCACUGACUGAAUAAACGGAUCAGUUUUCUUUAGGCAGUUGUAGUAGUAACAUACGGUUUAAUAUUGGAUAGAGUGAAAAAUAGUGCUAAUAGUUUGAUAGAGAGAAAUACAAUUAUUUGAUAAAUGAACUGACAAGAAGAAAAAACGUGGAAAAAACUGUCAUUGAAAAUUGAUGAAAAAAUGGCUUUGGAAUUAACAGUGCGUCAUGGGACAGUUGGGAGUUUAGUAGUGCCGGAUAUUAAAUCUCGGUACCACAACCAAGAUUCUGAUACACCAUUAUCACCAUCUGAUACACCUAGAAAAAAUAAAAGGAAAUUAAGUGAGCCUAAGAGGCGGACUACGGAUUUUAGUAUUAAACGUUUAUGUCCGGACAGUCCUGGUAGUGCUUGUUCAGAAAGCGGACGAAGUGAGGAAAGUACCCCGGAACGUUCGCACGAGGAUUCUAGAGAUUCUGGUGACUGUUUAAGUCCAGACGGAAUACAAACCGAAAGAGAAUUGGUUCCACCACAUUAUAGACCACCUUUUGUGUUUCCUGACAUUAGACAUCAUCCGUAUUUCAUUCCACAAUUUUAUUAUAAUCGUUUUCCUGGAUUUCCUUCCAGUGGACCUUUGCCGACGGGGUUUUCCGCCGGAAUACCCACCGUUCCCACACUCAGUGUUCCAAAUGUACCAGCUCAGCAUAAUUCACAUUCUAGUCCAGACACUUCUAGUAACCAGAGCCCACCAUCUCCUCCGCCAGUGCACGUGCAAAAUAAGAAACAGUCACAAAGUAAAGCACGAGCUUCUAGUCCCAAACCAUCACGUGAUGAGGAAGAUGAUGAUAUAAGUUCUCCUGAUAGUCCUAAGGACGGUAGUAAAAGAAACCGUAAAAAUUAUAAAAAUAUGACACGUGAAAGACGAGUGGAAGCGAACGCACGUGAGCGUUCACGCGUACAUACAAUUAGUGCUGCUUUUGACGGACUGCGACGAGCUGUGCCAUCAUAUUCCUACAACCAAAAACUAUCAAAACUUGCGAUUUUACGGAUAGCAUGUAGUUAUAUUAAUGCAUUGACUAAACUAGCAGAUGCCGACGACGACAUCCCUCAGUUACAGAACACUUCAUUUGCAGACUGUGUUGAUAAUUGUACUAGAACUAUUCAAACUGAAGGAAAAGCCCGACGGAGACAUUAACUUUUUUUCGUCGGAGAUUUUUUAUAUAAUAUUAAAAAGUGUGAUUAGAAUAUUUAAUAUUGAUUUAAACAUUGUAAUAUUUCCGUGUUCAAAUGGCAUUUUCUUUUUUUACUGUUUUACUUUAAUGGUGGUCUCUCGGCAGAUGAAAAGAACUUAAAUCAAUAGAAUUUAACAAUGUUUGUUAUUUUGAUUAUUUUUACUAGUUAUUUUCCCCUCAAGGAUAUGAUUAUACGAGCUAAUACUGUGAUCAACAAGGUCUUAUGACACUUUUUGCGGCACAUUUUUCUGUUCAUCUUAAUGUGUCUAAACAUCUGGGAAGAUUUUUUUGUUCAACGGCACGCAUGUAAAAUCCGUUUGGCGACAGAAUGUCUGUGGAUUAAAAUUGAUUUAAACUUACUACGGAGCGUUACAUUAAAAUUCUAAUUCAAUAAACAGAAUUUGGGCUAGUGUGCAAUAGUGGAUGUUAUUUUCCCUCUUAAUUCAUACGAAUGAAUGGCAUGAAGAAAUAAUUCUAUUUUUUUUCUUUGUCAGUUCAUUUAUACACUUGAAUGUGUCUCAGUUGUUUUUAAUUGUUUUUAAAAGAUAUAUAUAAAGAAAAAGAUAAAAUCGAGAACUUG